AUGCCCUCAAGCGAGGGCCAUCCCCUCGGAGGACUAUAUCUACAUGGAUCACAUUGUCUGUGGGAAUUAUCCCACCUUUUGGCGGUGCUUGGUGGUUUGAGUCCACCACUGGCUAGACAUCCCACGGUUGCCUGGACACUACAUACCAACCUGCUUCCUACAUCCUCAUCUUAUCCACGUAGUACAGAAAGCGAGCGUCCUCUAACUAAAUCUUGUAGAUAUAACUCGCAUGUGCUCGUUCUCCUCGAAGGCUUCGGCCAUCUUGUAGAGCAGUUGAACAAAACCCAGGAAGAGCUCGCCGAGCUCAAGAACCUGCGGGAGAAGGAAGUCGAACAGUUCCGUGGCAUCAGCGAAGAAUGGAUUCAACGAGAGAACGGCUACAAGGCUGAAAUCAAGCGUCUUGAGCUAGUCCUGGCAAAAGAAAGCAAGAACGGCGUCGCCUCUGUUGCAUUGGCUAGACAUGGCAGUCUCAUAAACCGCUCGGGAACGAAAAGAUUUCAGGCACGGUUGAAGCGGUUGAGCAGUUCCCAAGAUGCCGGUAAGUUCUCCGGACCUCCAUAA